AUGAACUGUGGGUUUGGCCUUAGACAAGCCACUGUCUCUCAGCUUCAGUCCUCCCAUCUGAAAAAUGGCCAUAGUAAGAUUGACUUAACUUACUGGGAACUUGCAAGGGUUCUAUGUAGAGAAUGUGUGUUAAGUACUUCAAACACUUGAAAGAACUGCAAAUAUUUCAAGAAUCAUUAAGAACCUGUCCUGAAUGCAGAGCCAUGGAGACCCUGUUCAUUUCAGAGCGGAUGCUAUUUCUGUCAUGUACCUAAAACAGAGUCAGCUUCCCCGUUGACGUCGUUUCUCUUCUCUUUCCUCCUCUGCCCCCACAGAAAACGUAACUUUGGAUCCAGACACAGCAAAUCCUUACCUCAUCCUGUCUGAGGAUCGAAAGAGUGUGAGAGAUGGAGAAGUGCGUAGACGCCUGCCGAACAACCCUGAGAGAUUUGACACACAUGGCGAUGUGCUGGGAUGUGAGGGUUUCACAUCAGGCAGACAUUUCUGGGAGGUCAUUGUGGGAAGAGAGGAGGGGUGGGGGGUGGGGGUGGCCAGAAAGUCUGUGAAGAGGAAGGGUGAUUUAGGUUUUGAUACUACGGAAGGGAUCUGGGGUUUGGGGAAGUGGGACGGUGGGUACAAGUUAUGCUCCCCCUAUGAGGACCCUGUUCCAAGUGAGGAGCCUGAGAGGAUCCGAGUGACCCUGAACUGUGAAGGGAGACGGGUGUCCUUUUACGAUGCAGAUACAGCAGCCCUUCUCCAUGCAGAUACAGCAGCCCCCUUCUCAGGAGAGACCCUCCAGCCCUACUUUUAUGUGAGCGAGAAAGCGAACCUGAGACUCUCUUGA